ACAUAACUUUAUGGACCUAAUGAUUCUUUUUCUUAUAAAAUUAGAGAGUUGCGAGGGUUUAUACUCACAGUCAAAAGCUGAAUUGCAUGAGGGUUUAUACUCACACAACCAAAAGUUUGAAUUGCAUUUGCUAUUCAAUCUAUCAGUAAAUCAAAGAUGGCUGAAGGACUUGCUAUUGGGUUUGCCAACGGCGUGCUUGGAAAGCUUGGGGAAAUUGUGGCAAAGCGAGUAUUGAAUGAGGCAUCGCUGUUGCUUAACUUCAGAAAGGACUUCCAAUGGUUGCAGAAGAAGUUCAAAGAUAUAUCUGGUUAUCUUGAAUAUGCAGAUGAACAAAGUGGGCUCAAUGUUUCUGUGAAACGAUGGCUGGUGGAAGUGAGCGAUAUUGCUCUUGAUGCACAAGAUAUAAUUGAUGAGUGCGCUGUUGAGCCUUUGUAUACAACGCCCACUCAAUCCUAUGUGUGCCGUUGGCGUGAAUUAGUCUUUCGGUAUAAGAUGGGGAAGAGGAUUAAAGAUCUAAAAGAUAGGACGAGCUCUACCAUUCAAAAGGCACAAGAGCUCAAUCUGGUUCAUCAGAUAUUGCAUUCAAGUCACCAUUCAACAAGUUCUUCUGAAAGAGGAGCAGAGUUGAAGAGGUCGAGUACAUUAGAGAGCGAUUCAAGAGUAGUAGCUAUGGAUGACAAGGUGGAGGAAAUAGAGAGAUUGUUAGAGGAGCCUGAAAUUGGUGUUGUUGCCGUCGUGGGAAUCGGCGGGCUGGGUAAGACAUUUCUUCUGCAGCAUGUUUACAAUAGAGCUAAACAAAGGUAUGAGCACUCUGCCUGGAUUUCUGUUUCACGGACUUGUUCUCUUAGAACUUUGCUAUGUGACCUAGCCUCGCACAUUAAUUUGCAAAUAGAUAGUGGUGUAAGUGAUGUGCGAGCAGCUGAGUUGAUUCAUAGGCAAUUAGAGGGUAGGAGAUGUUUGAUUGUUCUUGAUGAUCUGUGGAGUAGUAGUGUACAAGGUGACUUGAUACAAAGGCUUGGUCUUCCCACUAGCAGUAACAAUCAGUGUAAAGUCAUGGUUACCACCAGAAGUAGAGAUGUUGCUGCAAAAAUGGGAGCUCAUAUAUAUGAGAUGCAACAACUGUCCAAGGUAGACAGUUGGAAUCUGUUUUGCCUCUUUGCCUUCCCCGAUAGUAAGGAAAAUAGGCCGCCUCAGUACUUGGAGAGCUUGGCUCAACAAAUUGUAGAAGAAUGCGGGAGGCUGCCACUGGUUGUUAAGACAGUUGCGGCAUCCAUGGCAAGAUCUUCGGCCUUAGGGGUUUGGGAGUCAAAAGUGAGGCAACUAAAAGAUUUAGGAGGGGCAGACGACUGUACGAUGCAAAUCCUCAAGCUGAGUUACGACUCUCUUCCUUCCAAUCUUAAAUCUUGUUUUGCUUACUUUUCUUUCUUUCCGGAGGAUACAGAGAUAUAUUUUACUAGGGCUAAGGACACUGAAGAUAUUCACCAAGACUAUUUGAUAUAUUUGUGGAUAGCUGAAGGCUUUAUUCCACAUGAAAAUGGGAAAGAACUGUGGGAAAUUGGGUUGAACUACUUACACCAACUUGUAGAUCUAUGUUUGGUGGAAGUAAACAUAGCUUUAUCCUGUUACACCUUGCAUGACUUGUUGCAUGAUAUGGUUAUCAAUAUAAGUAGAGAACACAACUGUGAAUUUCAUCUUCCCUCACAGGAUUCAAGCUGCCGCCGGUUACUGUUGGGUAAAAAAGGUAUAAACAAUGGUGAAAUUUCAGAAAGUCCUCUUCAUCGCCAACGGUUUCUUCGCACUAUCUCACUCUCUCAAAAUCCAGAGAUUACAAGUAUUCCAGAACACUUGUUUGAUCGUCUGAGAGUGCUCCGGGUUCUGGACUUUAGCAGAACUGCCAUCUCUGCAUUGCCAAAAUGUGUCGGGAAUUUGAAGCUUCUUAAGGUUUUGAAUUUGUCUCAAACAGAGAUUAGGGAGGUGCCGGAUUGUGUUAGAAGACUCAAGAGUCUUGAGUAUCUUGAUGUUUCUGGAUGCACUAGCUUACAAUGUCUACCUGAUUGGAUAGGUGAGCUCAAAUCUCUUUCCUAUAUCGAAAUAAGUUACUGCACAAAAAAUCUUUACAGUAAUAUGCCCAAGGGUAUAUCAGGUCUCUCGAGUUUGAGGACAUUGAGAUCGCAUCCCUUCCCAUUGUUUACUGAAGAGAAUGAAUUAUUAAAUGUUGAAGACGUAGGAAAUUUGAUUAAUUUGCAGGAAAUAAGUUUUAGCUUAGAAGAUGAACGUGCAUUGAGAAGUAUACAAGAUAAAUAUGUCCUUGAGCAUUUGAAAAAAAUGAGAAUUAUGUAUGUAGAGAAUAAUAUUCCUCCAAGAGAGUGUGAUAUCAAAGAAUCCAGUCUUCCAGCAUUCCCAGAGAAAAUGAAUGUUAUGAAAGAUCUCCAACAACUUAUGCUUGCUCGUUUCUCCGUGCCGAGUUGGAUAUGUGGUAUGGUAAGUUUGACAGAGCUUACAUUGUGGAAAUGCAGUGAUUAUCCGUCGCUCCAGAACAUUCCCAACUUACAAUCAUUGGUUUUAGGUAAGGAUUCGAGAUGCAGAGAAUUGCCAGAGAAGUUUGGAGAGAGUGGGGGAUUUCCUAAGUUGGUUAGGCUUCUUAUUACAGACUUCUCUCGUUUGAAGGAGUUGCCAGUGUUGGAGGAGGGAGCGAUGCAACGUCUUGAAGUGCUAUCGAUAGGGAAUUGUCCACGGGUAAAGAAAGUUCCAAAAGGAUUGGAGAGGCUGAGGAGACUAAAGAGGAUAGAGGUUGAGGAGGUAAGUGGCGAGUUAGAGGAGAGGUUAAGGGAGGGUGGAGAAGAUUGGAGUAAAAUCAAAGUUAAUAAUCCCCGUAUUCAGAUAGAUGUGGAUUACUAAAAGUUUAAUCUUAUUAUAUUCAUUUAAAGUCAUAGAUAGUUUCUAUUCUGAACUGUUUUUUAUGUUUUA